ACCAUGAUUUUGCCCGCACUUCCUGUGCCGUUUUCCAUUUGCCGUCUGGUUGAUCUUGUACUGUCUUCCGUGUCCAUUUCGGAAGUCUCUUCCUCUGAUGGGAUCAAGUCCGCUUCCGUAACUUGCAACUUCUCCGUGUCCAUUCCGGAAGCCUCCUCCUGUGAUAGGACCAAGUCCGCUUCCUUACCUUGCGAUUUCUCCGUGUUUGUUUGUAUCAUAUCCUGUGCUUGUUCUGUCUCUACGGUAUCCUCCUUGACAGCUUUUUCUACCCUAGCGUUUCCAGAUGUUGCAGUUGGGACAUCCAUUGUUUUCUUCUGAUAUGUCUCCAUAUCCUCUUCAAAGCUUUUCUCUUUACGUGAGUUUUGGCAGUAACGGCUCAUAUGGCCGUAUCCUUUGCAUUUGUAGCACUGGAUUUUGGCCAGCUCUUGACAUUCUUUGCGAAUAUGACCGGCCCUUCUGCAGUGAAAACAGAUCUGUGGUGCACCUUGGAAGAAAGCUGGAACGUAACAGUCUUCAUCUUCCAAGAAAAUCAUCCUGGGUAGCUCCGCAUAUUCAUUGGAGUCUUGGUUUCGUUCCAACAGCACAGAGGCCUCUCCAAAAAAUCUGCCAAAUUCAUUUGUGUAUUUACGUACCUGCAUUACCUUUCCGAAAGGCGAUAGGGCCUUUCGCAGUUUGGUACCAACGGUGUCGUAGCACUUCAAAGGGACAUGGCUGAGAUUCACCUUGAUUACGGGGCGGCGAGCUUCAUCAACAUAAGGGGUACCAUGGAUGAUCAUGUCCUGGAUUUUUACUCCUUCUUCGAUAGCCUUUCUGGUGGUAUCUUGAGAUAUAAACACCAGUUCUAAGGUCGGGAAUGAGCGCGUCCUUAGGAACUUCAAACAGUACCGCAUCCGGGUUCAGUGCUCUCUUCAGA